AAGCACAAAUUUCGUUUUUUAGCUAUCAAGUAGCAGCUAUGUCUGGACGAGGGAAACAGGGUGGCAAAGCUCGCGCAAAGGCCAAGACUCGCUCCUCGCGGGCGGGGCUGCAGUUCCCCGUGGGCCGCGUGCACCGCCUGCUGCGCAAGGGCAACUACUCCGAGCGGGUGGGCGCCGGCGCGCCGGUGUACCUGGCCGCGGUGCUGGAGUACCUGACGGCCGAGAUCCUGGAGCUGGCGGGCAACGCGGCGCGCGACAACAAGAAGACGCGCAUCAUCCCGCGCCACCUGCAGCUGGCCAUCCGCAACGACGAGGAGCUCAACAAGCUGCUGGGCAAGGUGACCAUCGCGCAGGGCGGCGUCCUCCCCAACAUCCAGGCCGUGCUGCUGCCCAAGAAGACCGAGAGCCACCACAAGGCCAAGGGCAAGUAAACCUACGACUGAGCAUUAUCUCAACUACCAAAGGCUCUUUUCAGAGCCAUCCACACGGUCACA